CAUCAAAAUGUCGGCUUCGCUGGCCCCAGAGUGCAACCAAGUGAAAGAGCGGUACGACACCUGCUUCCUGAAAUGGUACAGCGAGAAGUUCCUCCGCGGCGCCGCAACCACGGAUGAGUGCGACCCACUCUUCAAGCAAUACGAGCAGUGUCUUUCGAAAGUAUUGAAAGAUCGGGGCAUCGACAAGAUGGUCAAGGAAGCACGAGACGACAAUCGUGAAAAUGAUGCAGAGCACAUGAAGCCUAAGCGAUAACGGCCAUCAUUGCUCUUGGAGCCUGCGGCGUAUGCGGCGUUCACGUCUGAUGUUCAAGCUCAAAGCUCAAAGUUCAUGAGACCUUUGUAAUAUAGAAUCACCUGGACGGGAAAAGGAGGGAGACCAAUUCAUCAUUGGCAUUUGUAUUUGUAUUCGUAGUUCCGACGGAAGAAGGAACAACUUCACUCUCCGAAAUGACCAAAUCCUUCACACAUCGCGUUGAUCGUUUCGGGAAACGGCCUAGGGCCAGGGCUCGUUUCAAACUAGUCGAUGACAAAAAGCGCGAACAAAAGGUCCACACCUUGCA